AUGUCGAUGUUGAUUGAAGCUUCCGAUGGCAACUUGCAAUUUGUUGCUUACAAUGAAGAAGACAACACCCUUACCCAUUGGUGGCGCAAUGAAUCUGAUCCAAGCCACCCCUGGGUGGGACCAACUGCAACCAUUUCCACCAAAGCGACUGGACCUGGCUGUAUCAUUCAGAGUACCUAUGGGACUCCCAACAAUCCCGGUAACUUUGAGGUAGUAGUCCCUGAAGGCAACAACCUUGUCCACUACUGGCGUGACAAUUCUGCCCCUGGAAAUCCUUGGGUGGGACCUACGGCUACCAUUUCCACCAAAGCAACUGGACCUGCGUCUCUAAUUCAGAGCACUUAUGGGACCCCCCAACAUGUUGGCAAUUUUGAGCUCGUGGUACCUGAAGGUAAUAAUCUUGUCCACUACUUCCGUGACAAUGACCCUGCCCUUGGCCCGAGUCCCUGGCGUGGUCCUACCGCAACCAUUACCAACCAGGCGGCGGGCCCUGGUGCCCUGAUCCAGAGUACCUACAUGGCCUCCGGUGCAAAAUAUGGCAACUUCGAGGUGGUCGUUCCAGUUGGCGGUUCACUUGUUCACUUCUCCCGCGACAACUCGAACGGCAACUGGAGUGGGCCUGCCACCAUCACAUCAGGAGGCACAUGGCCGUCUCUAAUCCAGAGUUCUUACGGUACUCCCCAGAACCAAGGCAACUUCGAGGUCAUAAUGAUCCAGCAAGGAAACCUUGUCGGCUGGGCCAGAAAUAACACCGGCGGAAUGAAAUGGGGACCGACUGGAACAGUUUGUUCCAAUGCUGACGGCCCUAACGCGCUUAUCCAAGGUAACUACGGAGAGGUCAACGGCUCACCAGGCAAUUUCGAGGCUAUAACGAAUAUAGGUGGGAAUUAUACACACUACUACCGUGUGAACUCGGAGCCUCAAACCCCUUGGCUUGCUGGGCCAGUGAUUACGUCUGAGGAUGAGUCUGUCAAGGAUGGACCAAGAAAUAAGAAUGUGCCUUGCUAG